AUGAUUGUCUACGAUUUGGAUUCGUUAGUCGGUGUUAACAAAAGCGAGUCCGUCUCUUCCAUGGGUUUGUCAAGUAGUCAGUCGCUGGCCAAUCAAAACUUAUACAUAUUUGUCAAGGAGAACUUUCAAUUAGCUCAUAUUGAACCGACACUUUCGAGCGAUGAUUCAACUCAGGUGGAAGAGAAAUGGUCGAUCGUGGUCAUCCGUGAUCCAUUUCUCUGUCGUCAAUUCUGCGACGAUGUUCAAUUCACUUUAUCCGUCAGUGAAACUCAACAGCGAGCAGCCGAUCGAGCAGAAGCUGAACAAACACUGCGGUGUGUCCAAUGCAAUGAUUUUUACAGUGAGGAAGACAACAAAGUAGGACAAUGUGUUCAUCAUGAUGGAUUUGUCUAUGAUAAUUAUUCAAACACGCUAACUCAAUGGUCACCUGAACGCGCGAUCGAACAGCUACUCAUUGAAGAAGCGGAGGCUGUACAACAGGCAAAUGUUGGAAAUGGUCCACUGACGAACGAACAGAAGGAACGUGCUGAACGAGCAAAACAACGCUUUCGAUAUAUUUGCUGUAAUCAAAUGUUACAAACAUCGGGCAACGCAAAUGGAUGCAAAAAGGGUAAACAUGGCCCACAAAAUAUCACACGAAACGAAUGGGAAUUGGCACGUGACAAUAAUCAAGAGUAUCACGAAAAACGUCGACGUUUGCUGACCAUCAGAGCAGAACAACAUCAAUAA